AUGAUUAAGUUCCUUCUCCUCAUCUUCACUUCGAAUGAUAACAGAAUAGCUCUUGCUUCUGAUGAGAGCCUUUUUGAUAUAGAUAGCCCUAAGCUUUCUUCAAGUUCAGAGUCACUUGCAGCUGCAACAGGUGCUUGUUUGGCCUUAUUGAAGAAUUCCUUGUCCUUCUCUAGCAGGAACUAUGCUGUUGGGGGCACAGGCACAUUACCCUUCAUGCCCCAAGUGCUUCUCUUGCAGCUCCACCUUUGUGAUCUGGAUGGAGUGGAUGAACACAAGAAAGCCUUCUGUUCGAAAGCAAAGGUUGCCCCCCUGUUGUGCUGUGACAGCAAAACAUCAUUCUUCUGGCAUAUGGAGCACUAUGUCGAGGAACUUAGCAAGCAGUUCCAUCCAUACUUCAAAAAACUCCUUCCUGUCGCAUUGGAGUGGUACCAUCUGAUGAGAGAACCAAUGAAGGUAACCUUUGAUGAUGUAAUUGAGAUGCUAGAGAGACAUAUCACAAACCUUCCAAUGAAUCAGCCAUCACCUGAGCUCCUCGCCUCACGGUGGUUACUUAAAGGCCUCAAGGCAGAACACUUGGCAAGCAGUGGCAAAGAGGGGGAAUCACAAUCACUCGUAGAUGAGACGAGCCAUAAUAACAAAUGA